AUGGCGCCAAUCGCAACGUCCGACCUGAAGACAUCGAUGCCGAUCCUGGCUGACCCGACCGUGUUUCCCGCCCCUGAUUCAGAUGAGAGACUGCGGCAACUUUGGUACAUGCAUGGAGAUCCGCACAGCACCAAGUUCUCAAAUCCAAAUCUGACGAGUAUCGCCAAGUUGGUCGAGCACAACGCCGCCACCCAGCCCUCUCAGCCAGCCUUCAUCUACCCUGUCAAAGACACUUUCAGUGUACUUGACUGGUCUCAGGCCCACCAGCUCUGUCGCCAAGCAGCGGCGUAUUAUUCACGACGCUUCCGUAAAGAGCUGGAAGCCUCCAACGAGACGCACCAGCAGCCCACGAUAGCGCUUCUAGGAACCGGAAAUUCAAUUGAGUAUCUGAUCACACAAAUCGCAUUGAAUUAUCUGCACGUACGAUCUUUGCUUCUCAGCAACAAGAAUGCGCCGGAUACCAGAGACUAUUUGCUGCGAGUCUGCGAUGCGGUGGCAGUCAUCACCGACAAGGCGAAUGAGGCGUCGCUCUUCGGCGACUUAAGUUGCACAACGCCAGUCGUUGAAUUGAUCACCCUUGCUGAGUUGCAGCAAGGCGCUGGAGCGAUCUCAGAAGACUUUGUGGUGUUUGAGACGAGCGACGAGUGGAACUUGCAAUCGAUGAUCAUCCAUUCGUCGGGUUCUACUGGCGUGCCAAAGCCAAUUAUCCACACAAACAGAAGUCUAUGCCAGAUCGCGAGAAUAUACCGCCGCCUCCCGGAAUACUUCAUCGAGAACUGUCCUUAG